ACGCCGCCGCCGCGCUGCUUCCCUCCACCGGCAGCUUCAUUCACUAUUCCUUGAUUCCAGCAGUCAGCAGCAACCAUGGCGCAGUCGCUGCCGCUCAUGGUCCUGACGGCCCUCUACAUCUACGGCAAGGCCCUGCUGUACGCGUGCAUGGUGGUGCCCCACCUGCUGCUCGCGCAGCUCCGCAAGCCCACCAAGUGCCUCUUCUGGCCCCGGCGCCGCACCACGCCCCCCAAGUGCCUCGACCAGGUGGGCCAGCACGGCUACGUCACCGUCAAGGGGCUGAAGUUCCACUAUGUUGAGAAAGGCGACAGGUCCAGGCCAUUGAUGCUGUUUGUGCAUGGCUUCCCAGAAUUUUGGUAUUCCUGGCGAUUUCAAAUGAACGAGUUCAGCAAGGACUAUUGGACUGUAGCAAUUGAUAUGAGGGGCUAUGGAGACUCAGCCAAGCCUUCAAAUGUAUCUGACUACAAACUGGAAAAUAUGGUUGAUGAUAUAAAGGAAAUUGUAAAAGCACUGAACAAAGAGAAGUUCAUUCUUGUUGCACACGACUGGGGUGCUGUAAUAUCAUGGAUUUUUGUGGAUCAGCACCCUGAGAUGGUUGAUAAGUACAUUAUGAUGAAUGGUCCACAUCCAAAGGUCCAUGCAAUUAUGAUGAAUAGGAAAGAGCAAGCGUCCAAGUCUUGGUAUGUCUUCUUUUUUCAACUGCCAUUCCUUCCAGAAUUAUGGGCAAGCUGGAAUGACUUUGGAAUGUUCCAAAGAAUAUUUUUCACCCCUGGUAAAAAUAACCCACUAAUGACAGAGGAAGACAUCGAGGCCUUCAAAUACACCUUUUCACAAAAAGGAGCACUUACACCACCGAUCAACUACUACCGUGCUGCAUUGCGCAGAAGAAUCAGUGAAGGUUUUGGUCCAAAGCCAAAAAAUCCUAGUCAGAAAGUUAAGGAAAGACCACAAGGUCUCUACAUUUUUGGUGCAAAGGACAUAGCCAUUGACAUAGAUGGUGUCGCUAAGCACAAAUCAUUUUUUGAACCUCUUCAGACUGUGAUAAUUGAUGACGGUAAUCACUUUAUUCAGCAAGACGAACCAAAAGCUGUGAAUGAUGCAAUGCGUUCAUUUCUUAAGCAAUCAACUUAAAUUUGUAUCGCUGCAUUUAUCAAAUUGAUUAAGAAUCGUUUAAGGCUUUACAAAUAAAUUAAAGAAAUUUCA